AAUACAUCAAGAAGAUCAAACUCAGUUAUUACAAAUGCUUUAGCUCUGAAAGAUUACCUUUAUCCUUCAGCAACUUUUAAUAAAAAAUCAAUAGUAACAUCUGAUCGAGAUUUUAAUUCCCAAGAAGAUAAUGACAUAUCGAGCUCAGAUGACAAUGAAGAGUCAGUAGGUUGGCUAAAUGAAAAAAGGCGAUCGGGUAUGAGGCUAGUAUAUGGUUUAUUAAGAGGGAAUGGAGCUACAGGAAGUGAAGCUACAGCUCUACAGCAAGAAGAAGAAGAAGAAGAAGAUGAUGAUGAUGAUGAAACCGGAUAUUUGAAAACAAAUCCUGCCAUCAGCACACAUACAAAUGAAGAAGAGGUAUUGAAUGAUCGUACUAUGACCAAUUUCAAAAAAUACUUUGUUUUACCUGAAUCAGAAACAUUAUUAGCAGUGUAUCGAUGCUCACUCUUGAAAACUUUACCUUGUUAUGGUAAAUUAUACAUAUCACCCAGUUAUAUUUCAUUUAAUUCAAAAGGUUUUGCAACAAAAGCAAAAAUGAUUAUACCUUUUGAAGAUGUGAUAAGAAUACAAAAGCUUCCAAGUCGAGGUUAUAUAUUUCAUUCACUAAGUAUCCUUACACGAACAAAGAAAGAGAUUUAUUUAGAAUUUUCCUCCAUUACUCGACGUAACAGUUGCUUUGCAAAAUUAUUUUUACAACAUAAACGUGUGUUGGAACCUUAUAAUGAGCCUGACAAAACCGAACAAUUAAAGACUGGGAAACAAAGUUAAUAGAAGAUGAAUUAAAAGAAAACAUCAAUCGAAUUAUCCCCAAAAAUGCAAAUCUACCUGUUUUAUCUCGUAUACCCACAGAACCUAUUGUUUAUAAAAAACCAGAUAAACCAUUGCAUUUCACUUGUAUUACAAUCGGUACUCGAGGAGAUGUACAACCAUAUAUUGCUUUAUGCAAAGGUUUAAUGAAGGAAGGGCAUAGAUGUCGUAUUGCAACUCAUGAUGAGUUUAAAGAUUGGAUAGAAGAACAUGGAAUAGAAUUUCGAACAGUAGGGGGUGAUCCAGGAGAACUAAUGGUAAAGUUUUCUUUUUUUUUUCCUAUUCUAUACAUACUCUAAAUCCCUU